AAAGCUAUUUUUCAAUUCUUUUACAAAUAUAAACCAGCACAAUGCCGCAAGAAUUUCGAGUUUUGCAAUGUGCACACUGCAGUUUAUAUCAGGUGGACAUUGUGAAAAAGGCCAAUAAGUGGGAAUGCAAAAUCUGCCGCCAAAAGCAAUUCCUGGGCAAGGAGUUCUUUCGAGACUUUAAUGCCAGCGCUUGUCGCACCAAAGUUCAGCAAUUAAAUCUGGAACGUGGCCAGAAGCAAGAAGCGCAAGAUGAGCUACGACUAUUAAAAGCACAAGAAGAACCAACGUGCUCUGGCAAGCCAGAGCGCACACAAGAGCGUAAGAGCAAAUGGGCUGACUACGUGGACGAGCCUAACGGUAAGCCUACGCCAUGUUUACUAAAUCCAGGGGAAAACAAAAAUGCUGCACAAGAGCCAGACUUCAGUCGCCCCAAGAAGCGUGCUGCUCAAGAACAAAUUAUGCCAGCUAAGAAACCUUUUUCCAAAUGGAACAGUUAUCUAUAA